AUGGUUCGCCUUCGCGAGAUCCCGAGGACCGCGGCCUUCGCCUGGUCCCCCGACCCAUCCAAGCCUCUUUUGAUCACCGGUACCAGAGCAGGAGCUGUCGAUGCCGAUUUCUCUGAUGAGACCAAGCUCGAGCUGUGGGACCUCAACCUCGACAACCAAGAGCAGGGCCUUGAGCUGCAGCCGGUAGCCAGCAUUAACACCGACUCGAGAUUCUAUGAUAUCGCCUGGGGACCGCCCGAUUCCGACCACCCGCGGGGUAUUAUCGCCGGCGCUCUGGAGAAUGGCUCCCUCGACCUGUGGGAUGCCGAGAAGCUCAUCGAUGGCGACGACGAUGCCCACAUGUCCCGAACGACCAAGCACUCCGGUGCAAUCAAGUCACUGCAGUUCAACCCCCAUCGACCUCAGAUCCUCGCAACUGCCGGCGCAAAGGGAGAGCUCUUCAUCUGGGACGUCAACGAUGUUUCCAACCCCUUCAGACUCGGCACCGCUGCCGCUCGCUCAGACGACCUGGAGUGCGUAGCAUGGAACCGCAAGGUUGCGCAUAUUCUGGCUACGGGAGGAUCCGGUGGAUUUGUCACCGUCUGGGACUUGAAGACGAAGAAGGCGUCCUUGACGCUUAACAACAACAGGAAGCCCGUCAGCGCGAUUGCUUGGGACCCCAACAACUCGACCAAGCUUCUGACCUCCACAUAUGAUGACACUGCCCCCCUCAUCUUCUUGUGGGACCUCAGAAACUCCAAUGCGCCAGAGCGUACGCUUCAGGGACACGAGCAGGGCGUUCUGUCUCUGUCUUGGUGCCAGCAGGACAGCGAUCUGCUGAUUUCUUGCGGCAAAGACAACAGGACCUUGGUCUGGAACCCCCAGACCGGUGACCGAUAUGGAGAGUUUCCCGAGGUCACAAAUUGGACUUUCCUCACCCGUUUCAACCCCUCGAACCCCAACCUGUCUGCUACUGCAGGCUUCGAUGGCAAGAUCGCAAUUCAGACCCUCCAGAACACCAACCCCUCAACCACCCAGGCUGCGACACAAAACAACCUGGACGGCGAGGACUUUUUCACAAGCGCGCAGACUCAGCCCCAGGAGGCUUCCUUCUCCUUGAGCAAGGCGCCCAAGUGGUUCGAGCGCCCGAUUGGUGCCCACUUUGGCUUUGGCGGCAAGCUCAUCAUCUUCAAGCAAAACGCAGCCCAGCGAACCUCCAAGAUCUCCAUUUCGCAGUUUGCUGUUGACUCUGCUGUGGGUACUGCAACCGAAAAGUUCGAGGAGGCUCUCCAGUCUGGUGAUAUUGUCAGCCUUUGCGAGUCUCGGAAGGAGGAUGCCAAAACCGAGGAGGAGAAGGCCGAUUGGCUGGUAAUGGAGACUCUUACUGCCGAAAACCCCCGAAAGCGCAUCAUUGAGUAUCUCGGUUUCACCGAGGAGGAGAUCACCAACGGAGUUUCCAAGGAUGAAGAGGAAAAGUCCGAAGAAGUCGCUGAGGAGAAGAAGGAGGCGAAGGACGACGACAACAUGUGGGGCGAUGGCGAGGGCGACGGCGAAGACUUCCUGUCCAACUUGUCGGCCAACAAGGGAGCCAAGACUGAUAGCCCCUUCCACCUCCUCGCUGACACCGAUACUGCGGUUGAGAAGUCCAUCACGAAGGCUUUGAUGCUCGGUAACUUCGCCAAGGCUACCGAAAUCUCUCUGAAGGAGCAGCGCUGGGCUGAUGCAUUUUUGAUCGCUAACUGCGGCGGCCAGCCGUUGGUGGACAAGGUGCAGUCUGCUUACUUGGCCAGCAAGGAUGGCGUCCCUAGCUACGUCCGUCUGUUGGGGUCUGUCAUCGCCAAGAACCUGUGGGAUGUCGUGUACAACGCGGAUCUUGAGAACUGGAAGGAGACGAUGGCUAUUCUGUGCACUUUCUCCGACCCGAAGGAGUUCCCUGAUCUUUGUGACGCUCUGGGAGACCGCAUUCUUGAAAGCGGUUCUCGCAAGGAUGCCUCAUUCUGCUACCUCGUCGGCUCCAAGCUCGAGAAAGUCGUCUCUAUCUGGAUCAACGAGCUCGAGGAGGCUGAGCAAGCUGGUGUCAAGGAGCCUAGUGACGAUUCAACCUUCUCUGUCCAUGCUCGGUCUCUCCAGCACUUCAUUGAGAAGGUCACCAUCUUCCGCCAAGUCACCAAAUUCCAGGAUACAGAAAAGAGCCAAAGCGCGGACUGGAAGCUGUCUGCCCUGUACGAGAAGUACACGGAGUAUGCCGAUAUCAUCGCCGCUCACGGCCAACUUGCUGUUGCGCAGAAGUACCUGGACCUGUUGCCUGACAACUACCCCGCGGCAGAGAUCUCCAGGAACCGCUUGAGACUUGCGACUCAGAAGGGCGCUGCUACCCAAGCCGCCCCCAAGGCCGCUGCGGCUGCUGGCCGUCGUCUAGGACAGACCCCCGCGGUGAACAACGCGAGAGCCACCCCGGCCUACCAGCCUGUUGCUCCGGCUGGACCUGCCUUCGCUGGUUCUGUGCCUGCUGCUGCGUCGAACGCUUAUGCUCCCCCUGGACCCCCCUUGGUUGGUUCUUCUGUGUCGGCUGCGGCGUCGAACCCAUAUGCCCCUACCCCGUCCAUCAACUACAACCCGGCGCCUGGCCCAGGUUACAACCCGGCCCCCACUCAAUCACCGUAUGCGCCGGGGCAAGGUUACCAGCCCCCGGCCGCUCAGCAAUACGGAGCGCCGCCUACUGGUUACGGUCCACCUCCCAGCAACUUCGGCUCUGUGCCCCCGCCUCCACGAAACUCAACGCCCACAUCAAGCUUCCGUCCUAAGGAGAGCUGGAACGAUGUGCCUCUAGUCACCAAGGUGCCUACUCGCAAGACCACGCCCAGUGUGGCACCCAUCACAGCCCCUUUCCCGGGCCAGGCGACCCAUGGCAGUGCUCCGCCCCAGAGCCCUUAUGGCCGCACCGGCUCGACUCCUCCGCCACCUCCUCCCAAGGGACCCGCCCCUCCCCGCGUUACAUCUCCUCUCGCCGGGCCUCCUCAGGCAUUCCAGGCACCGCCUAGGCCGACAUCAGCGGCGUCAAAUGCAUACGCACCUCCCCCGCCCCAGGCCGGCGCUCCACCUUCCAUGAUGCCGCCGCCGGCUGCCCGUGGCCCGUCUCCGUACAACCCGCCCCCGUCUGGCGCCCCUCCAUCUAACCGCUACGCCCCCGCGGCGUCGGCACAGCCUCAGAUCAGCCAACCACCCAUGGGAUCAGUACCACCCCCGGGUAGCCAGCCGCCUCCGAGAAACCCGUACGCUCCGCCGCCCCAGGCGGGCACACCUCAGAACCAGUAUGCGCCGUCGCCUUACGGGGCUCCUCCAGCUGGUGCUACUGCUCCUCCGCCCGCCGCAUCCAGGCCUCCUACGGGACCUCCUCCCGCUGCUGGCGGACCUCCUCCUGCGGCCAUUGCCACCCCUCCUCCCCCGAAGGCAGCCGCCCCCCCAUCAAAGCCGAGACAUCCCGCUGGUGACAGGUCUCACAUCCCGGACCAUGCCCAGCGUCUCGUAGACAUCAUGAACUCAGACAUGCAGCGUGUGGCAUCGCGGGCGCCUGCAUCAUUUGCCGCCCAGGUCAAGGAUACCCAGAAGCGUCUCAACCUCCUGUUCGACCACCUUAACAACGAGGAGCUCGUCAAGCCCGACACUAUCGACCAGCUUGCGGCUCUGGCCGAGGCUCUCAACGAGAAGAACUACGAGGUAGCUCACAAGAUUCAAGUUGAGAUUCAGAAGGAGAAGACUGACGAGUGCGGCAACUGGAUGGUCGGUGUCAAGCGAUUGAUCAGCAUGAGCAAGGCCACUCCAUAA